UUCACAGGUUUUGUAGUGCUUCCCCGAGCAUGAGUUCAGAAUGAAGCGGCGAUUGGAUGAGCAGGAGUCACCCGUGUAUGCGUCGCAGCAGAGACGUAUCACCAGCAGCACCGAAGCUUUCCAACACCAGCACCGCGUGCUUGCCCCGGCACCUCCGGUAUAUGAGGCGGUUUCGGAGACCAUGCAGUCUGCCACCGGCAUCCAGUACUCCGUAACUCCCAGCUACCAGGUGUCGGCCGUGCCGCAGAGCUCGGGCAGCCAUGGGCCGGCCAUCGCCGCCGUCCACAGCGGCCACCACCACACGGCGCCGGUGCAGCCCCACGGGAGCCAGGUGGUGCAGAGCCACGCUCACCCCACGCCACCAGCCGUCCCCGUGCAGGGCCAGCAGCAGUUCCAGAGGCUCAAGGUGGAGGACGCGUUGUCUUAUCUUGACCAGGUGAAGCUGCAGUUUGGUAGCCAGCCACAGGUCUACAAUGACUUCUUGGAUAUUAUGAAGGAAUUUAAAUCUCAAAG